CUUGUCCAUGAGGUAGAAACAGCCAUGCUAGAGAGUGAUACUCAGCUGGGGGUGUAUCUAGCCUACGAGACACAAGAGCUUUUAGACAUAUAUGUGUCUGUGCGAACAGCAACAAACACAGACUCAGCGACUUCUGCUGCUGCUGCCCUUUUGAGAUCACUAUCUUCAGAUGGAUAUCAGAUAGUAGUUGGCGGUAGUCAGUCAAAGCUGAUGUCAGACAUGUCAAUAGCAAAUAUCCAAGGGAAACUAAGUGGCUAUGGCGUGGAGGAACAACUGCCAACAGUAGCAGUUGUGGCUCACUAUGAUGCUUUUGGAGCUGCACCAGAGCUGUCUUGGGGAAGUGACAGCAAUGGCUCUGGGGUUGUAAUUCUUCUAGAGUUAGCGCGCAUUCUCUCCCGCCUGUACGCCUCACCUCGCACACAUCCUCGCCUUAACAUAGCCUUCCUACUCUCAGGAGGUGGCUACAUUAACUACCAGGGCUCAAAGAGAUUCCUAGAAGAUCACUUAGAUGCCUCUGAUUCACCUCUCCUCUCUGAAACCCACUACACUAUGUGUCUUGAUUCACUGGGUGCUGGAGACAACAUUAGGAUGCAUGUUUCCAAGAAACCAAAGGAUAACUCUCCAGCACAUAUUUUCUUCCAGGGUCUUGAAGAAAUUGGUACAAAAUCAGGUAUUAAGGUGGAAAUGGUCCACAGGAAAAUCAACCUCCAGGAAGAUACUCAGGCCUGGGAGCAUGAGAAGUACAGCAUGCGUAGACUGCCUGCUUUCACUGUUUCUAGGUUGCCACAUCCCAAAACUGGUGAACGGGGAAGCAUCCUGGACACGCCAGACAGUAUUGAUGUAGACGCCCUUACCCGCAACACAGCUGUGAUUGCAACUUCUCUUCUACAACACAUAUAUAACACAUCAGUGGAUGAAAUAUUUUCAGAGGGUUUGGAGGUUACCAGAGAGAGUGUGCAGUCAUGGUUAGACUUGAUGAGCUCCCAGCCAAGAUCUCCACAGCUGCUUUCAGGGAAGAAUAACCCACUAGUCUCUACCCUUCACCAAGUACUGUCCAGAUAUACCAAUGAAGCUCGUGUAACCUAUGUAAAGGCAGACAAGAGGGAUCCUGAGUGGGCUUUCUAUGAUGUAACGAAAACCACCAUGGCUGCCUAUGCCGUCAAGCCUGCUGCCUUCGAUUUCCUUCUUACCUUGGCCAUUCUAAGUUACUUGGGAGUGAUCUAUGUAUUCCUACAGUACUUCCCGAAGAUCUAUGUCAUGAUGGCCAGAAUCACCUCUCCUCGCAAAUCUAAGAUUCAUUAAUUAGGUUCUGUUGUAAAAUAUGUUGUUAAUGUCCUUAUGCAUUGACUUAAAUGCAAUCCAGUUGACUGUAUGUAUGUAUGUAUAUCUUAUGUUUAUCUGUGUUUGAUAUUUCUACAAAAUUUGUGUGAAAUUUAUGAGAGAUAUCUUCUUCCUCAAUUUAUACAUGAAAAUGUCUAAA